AUGCAUAAACCGCUCGCGAGCAUCGACAAGAGCUCCUCUGAAUGCGAAGAACUCGCCCGCUCUGGGAAAGUGUGGGAGGAUUAUUUCCGUCCCGCUGACUGUCGGCCCUACGCGGCCCUACAAGAGGAAUACAAAGAUCUACUUGGCCAAAUCGAAGAAUUCAAGGUUCUUAUGAAGGCCGACGUUCCCCUUUUGGCCAAGACCCUGGUGGCAGAGUACGCGCAUCAGUCGGUCUUCAUCGAGAACAAUCCUCUUCGGCUCGGUGAGACGCGACGGGUGUUUGAUGUCCUCACCGAGAAAAUCUUCAAGCACACUCCAAUGGCUUCUAUAUGCGCAGACGACCUCGUUCAACUUACUCUCCCGCAUGUCGGCCCGGGCGUCGACAGCUCCCACCUCAAUGAGCUGAAGAGCCACAUCCUUGCAUGA